UGCGCAUGCCCUCACAUCACACAGUGUCGGUCACUGUUCAUUCACCCCUGGUGCCAUUCACUCCCUCCCCAGGCAGACCAUUCGUCCGCAUCGCAUCAGUCGUCUCCCCAUCCUGCCCCCUCUUGCUCGGCAGCUCAGCCGCGCCGCCCUCCGCCACGGCCGCACUGCUGUUGCCCGACCUGAAGCGAUUUGACGCCCCGAUGAAAUCGAUCAGCUGCGGGCACUCUGCUGGAGCGUCACUGCUGCUGUCAUUGACGUGCCGCGCAGGGGAUGAGGGGGGCUGGGGGUUGGCAGAUGGCGGGGCGGGGGAUGGGCUGCGCCUGGUGGUCUUGUGUGGGUUGGCGGCGCUCGUCUGGUUGUUGGCGAUGGUGAUGACGGUCUGGUGGAGGCUCCUGAGCUCCUUGACGGCGUCCUUCAGAGUCACGCGCGCGCCCACCCUGACAUACAAACACCCAACCACACGCAGCAUGCAAACAGCGCCAAAGAGUGCACCAUGAUGCAUCUGUGUUGCCACUUGGUAAGGUCCUCCGCCACUUGACUCAGCGCAUCCAUGAGGUCCUGCAUUCUGCUCGCCACACCGUACAGAGCCAGCGACUGGUCUUCGACCUUCCCUCUCUCAACAGGCGUCGCCGCCGCUGUCGACUGUGCAGCGUUUUGCACUGUGGGCUUCGACCGAGCGGCGGGCUGCUGCUGCUGCUGCUGUUGCUGCUGUUGUGACACUGCGUCGGUGAAUGGCUUUGCGGGGGGAGAGGGGGCGAGAGGUGGAAUGGGGAAAGGAGCGGGGGAUGUCGACACGGGCGGCAAAGGGGAUGACACGGGUGUGCCUGGGACAGCCGGUGCCGCCGUUGGGUUGGGCGCUGCUUCUGGCUUUGGUGUGGGCAGCUGCUGCUUGGUUGCCCGUGACUCCAAAGCGAGAUGGACCAGGGGCUGGAUGGACUGAAAAGGGACACAGACAGACAGACAGACAGUCAGACGUGCAAAUGUGUGUAUGUGUGAAAGCUUUGGUGGAAGACCUACCUCGAGUGGCGGGAAUCGCAUCAGACGCUUCAGGCACCCAUUCGUGUCCAUCGACAACACUGCACACAUGGACGGAUCGGACCGACCGAUGUGUGUCUACCACCGUGGCCCCAUUGCCUUGCUGUCGUCGCUUACAGUGCGUUCGGACGAACUUGAGCAUUGCAAUGGCGAAGAAGUCCACCUGAGCAGGUAGGCGUGUAGACGCACACAGAUAUGCCACCCAAUGCCGCCCACACACACAGGUUCAGCCAGGCUAUCUUUCUCACCAGGGGCAGCGCAUCAGACGACUCGCGGCUCAGCUGCUUGACGUCCUUCUUCUUGACAGCGUUGCCAAAAGGAUUGUCGGCCUGUGGGGUCGAUCCCUUGCUGCCGGUGGUGCUGCUCUUAUGCCGCAUCUGGUACGCAUCGGCGAAGAACGCAUCCCAUAUGUGGCACGUGUCGUCCAGGUGGAACUCCCGGCUAAACAACAGCCGCACCCAACGCCUGCACAAGGACAACAGACAGACCAUCAUACAUCAACAAGGGAACCGAACCAAGGAAUGAUGAAUCAGCAUCUUAUAUACAGUAGGAACAGCUGCGGUUCAAUGUCAUUGGCGCAGAGGUGCUGGUACAGAGGGCCGUCGGCCGCCUUGAGCAGGCUGUGGAAGAUCUGCUCGCACCGGACCACACCCGCCGAUUGCUGCACACCACACACAUGCACCGCACGACACGGAUGUGCACGAUGGAUUGAUGGAUGAACAGCCGCAAUGGCUGGGUCGGUCGCUGCUUACGGGUUUUUUCGGCGGUGCAGGAGUGGGUCCUCCCAUGCCACGCAGUGCUGGUGGCACUAGAGGAGGGGCCCUGGCGGCGGGGGGGUCAGGGGCGGGCGCAUAGAUCUCCCUGACGGACCCCCCACAGACAUCGUGCUUUGAGUUUCUCUCUCUCUCUCUCUCUCUCUGUGUGUGUGUGUGUGUCUGUGCGUGUUCGCACUUCAUGCCAAGCUCCAUUAGGGCGCUGAAUAUUGCGAAUGCGUCGCUUUCGAGGGCCUCCUCGCUGCCGCAACACAGCUGACUGCACACACUGCACACACAAAGGGGCGCCCCAGUGGUGCGUGUCUGGGCUAGGCGUGUGUGUGGAUGCCUACGUGUGAGCCUUUGAGGUGCCCUCGCUUUGCCUGUACUGGUCGCGGAAGCACACCACAUAGAUGACCCCCAGCAGCUCAUUCAUGCCCUGCACACCACACGCAUCCAACCAUACGAGAAGGAGGGCAUACAAACAUGUAGGUGGGUGGCAUCGACAUGCCUCCCUCCUUCCAUCCCUCCCUCCCUCCCUGUCGAUCUACCAACCUGUCUGUAGGAGAUGUCUUCGUGUUCUUUGCUCCAGUUGAAGAGAAUGCGCUGGAGGGACUUGCGCACGCUGUCACUCUGAAACAACUCACGCUCAGCAAACCUGACACGGACACACACAGGGAGGAAGGUGUGAGAGAGGGAGAGAGAGAGAGAGAGAGAGGGGGGCAACAACGGCGUCACGCACUCGGCGAGCCGCGAUUUGCCGGCAUGUGUGUGCUUUGCUUACGUCCUCUCGAUGUCCUUCCAGAUCUCCGCCAUCAGCUCCUCAUUCUUGUGCCGAACAAGCCAUGGAUUCUGGUACACCACAUCCAACGCACACAACACACCCAGACAGGAUGCACAAAGGCGGGCAAACUGUCUGUGUGUCCUUCCUUUGCGCGCACGUGUGCUGCGUUGGAGAGGGGGUGGAACACAUUUGGGUCCAGCCCGGUGAGGGCGCCAGGCUUGAGGAGCUCCUGGUGAGUGGCAUUCAUCUGCACACAGGGAGGGAGGGAGGGAGGACACACACACGGCUGCCCUCCCGGUACCACAACCGACCCUUCUUGUGUCCACUCAUCACCUUUUUGUAUUGCUGCCUCUGCUCUUUGAGUUGUUCCACCCACUGAUCCGGCGAAGAGCCACUCAGACUCCCAAGGAACACACCCCAAUACAGACGCCUGACAGCCAAGCCAACCAGGCAGAGAGAGCACCUUGUGAGUAGCCGAGCCGGCCGGUCGAUGUGUCUGUCUGUAUGUGCGUGCCUCGGAUGGCCUACCUGAACUUGUUAAGUGGCUGUAUGCCGUCGACCACCUCUGCAGCCACACGCAGGGGGUCACACAGACGCACACGCGCACCCUCAUAGUCCUGACACGGACAAGCACCACACAUAUGCCCGUCAGCCAUUCAGUCCAUCUCUUAAGACCGUCCUGUCAUUCGUUGACCUGCGUUGUGACGCCGACAUCGUGUUCGCCAUGCAGCACGUUCUCCUUGGCCUCCUCACUCAUUGCUCCCGCAGGCCACUCGACUACUGAGCAAUGCCUUUCUACCGCUUCUUUCGCAAGAUCCGGCAAGGCACGCCAGCUGUGCGAGAUGCGUGUGGCUUCAGAGGCUUUCAAAGGCUUUCG